AUGAUAUUGGUGGUGACGUUCUUAUUCGUAAGCCUGUUGGCUUACUUGACUCGUGUCAAAGGAGGAAGUACUAGUAAGCGAGGCGCUGCCUACAAUGACAUUGCAACUGUUCCACUGCUCCAUGGAUCUGGUACGAUAUCAUGGGCCUAUAAUUGGGCCAUGAGUGAGCUGAACGAGCUUCCAUUUGGAGUCGAGUUUGUCCCUAUGCUUUGGGGGACUGAGUUUGAUCAUUGGGUAGAGCUGACGGAGAGUAGCCUUGCCAAUGGCAGCACCUAUCUUCUUGGUUUCAAUGAGCCUGACAUGUCAUCACAGUCAAACAUGAGUCCUUCUGUGGCCGCAACUCAUUAUCGCAAUCACAUCACGUAUUUUAAGGAUAGAGCGAAGCUAGUCAGCCCUGCAGUAACUUCAUCUAUCUCGACGGGCAUGGGGCUUGACUGGCUGGACAAGUUUAUGGAAUUCUGUUUUGACUGUGGCAUUUCCGUCGCGGCUGUUCAUUGGUACGGCGACUCGGCCGACGCUUUCAAAUCCUUCAUUCACAAUGUCAUCAACUUCGCUAGGUCGCAUGAACUCGCUGAGGUCUGGAUUACAGAAUUUGCGCUCAAUGCCGACACCUCGGGUGUGGUGAACCAGGCGACUACUGAGGCAUUCAUUGAAAGCAUCACCCCCUGGCUUGAUUCACAGUCUAUGGUCACUCGUUACUCUUAUUUUAUGUGUGCUGAGGGGUACCUUCUCUCCCACGGGGCCCUCAAUGCUGCGGGCCAAGCCUAUGCUUCCUCGUGUGGCUGA